AUGUUUGGAGGAGAAAGAGGAGGAGGACAGCGAGAACCGGGUGUUCCUUCUAUCCAUCCUUAUCAGCACUUGUAUCAACCGAUGCUUCUCCCUAAUCACCCUCAGCAAGGGAUCUUCGAGGGCCGAACUGCUUUUCCUGUCCAGGUCCAAGAGGACCGUCACCCUUCCAUUGUCUUGUCUUCUGAUCUGAAACCACGCCUAAAAUGGACACCAGAACUUCACGCUCUUUUCGUUGAUGCGGUUAAUCAGCUUGGUGGCCAUGAAAAGGCCACCCCAAAGGCUAUCAUGAAGAUAAUGCGUGUAAGGGGAUUGACUCUCUACCACUUGAAAAGCCAUUUACAGAAGUACAGGAUGAACAUAAUUUCAGGAAGGGAGGCUGCAAGAAGGGAAGCCGAAGAAGAGGGGGAACAGCAAAAGGAAGCUGCAAGUUCAUCAUCGUCACAAGAGGAAGAUGAGGUUGACAAAGCUGAAGAUGAGACAAAAGAUCAAUCGAAUGCUCAUCUGAAAAUUGAUGGUGCACAAGAGAGAUACCUGAAAGCAGCACUGGACGGUGCACACCGAGCUGCUGCAAGGGGAACAUUGGGAUGUGCUGGCGCGGAUGUCGACCUGACAGGACUUAUAGCAAGUAGGAGGGCACUGCCAUUUCCAUCCGUCAUCAAACAGUUCAACUUAUGGCCUGCCCAUUCAAGUGACAUGGUGAGAACCGGUGGUGGUAGAUUUCAGCCCCAGGGCCUAGGUCAUUCGUCAUCAACACAAGGCUGGUUGGCUUCAGAGAUGCAUUUGGAAAGUUUCAAGAAUGAUUUGGGUUUGCCUGUUGAUGGCUGCCCUGCGAUUGCUGGUGAGGAGACUAAAACCAAUGCUGGUGGUGAAGAGAACAAAACUGCCCAGGAUACUGAGGUUGACCCUGCAAGCAUAUACCUGAAUUUGGAUGAUACAGGGAUCAUUGACAUGGCACCCCACAACCCCCCUGGCUCUCCCUAGGACGAGGAAAUGUCACUGCUGCUUAGUUAUGAUUGCAGCAGAAAUAAUACCAUGGCACCAUACUUUAGCUUUGAUGUCUCAGCUAUUUAACAGAAUAUAAUUAAAUAUGAACAUGAACCUCUUGUCCUUCUGUAUGAGGACACUUAUCACAAGCAAAAAUGUCUGAGAUACCCAACAAUUAAAAGAGCCCAACCAAAACUUUAAACAGUAUUUAGAAGGCUUGGUAUAGGUGAAUCCCUUUCUCAUGACUUUUUUUGCUAGUUUCCUGUUUAUCAAUAUCAACUUAAAUCCAAGGCUUUGAAGC